CCCUCAGUGUGCAGCUGCAGUGAAGAAGCAGCGCAGAGAUCAGAUCAGUCAAAACAAACUGAGUGUGUAGACGCGCACGCAGACUCACAAUGAAGGGACUACAAACGAAGAUGCAGCUUUUACUCAUUUGCGCUUUUAUGGUGAUUACCGCUGGUCAGCCUCAAUGUAACCCAAAAAAUCAGUACGAGAAGAAUGGACAGUGCUGCAAGAUGUGUGGUCCAGGAACCAGAAUGUCCUCGAUUGGUACUGGUACUUGUGAUGAACCUCAGUGUGUCGACUGCGGGGAAAAUGAAUAUCAGGACGAAUACACAAUUGAACAUAAAUGUCAACGUCAACCGUUCUGUGACCCAAAUAAAAACUUUAAGCACAUCGUCCACGAGAACAAGAAGAAAAAAACCAUCUGUAUGUGUGAACAGGGAUUUCACUGCUCCAGUAAAGAAUGCAUCACCUGUGUGCCGCACACCGUCUGUCUACCAGGAGAAGAGGCCAAACUUAACGGGAGUCAUGCACAUGACACCGUGUGUGAAACAUGCCCUGUUGGCACAUUUUCCAGUGAGAGUUCGUGGGACAGUGUCUGCCAGAAAUGGACAGAGUGUGAGAGCCACUACCGCAUCAAAGAAGCUGGAACGGCCAAGUCUGACAACAUCUGUGAGAAAGACUCACGCUUGUAUGGAAUUGGGAUUGCGAUUGGGAUUUUGAUCUUCAUUGUGCUGAUUGGAUUUGUGUGUUAUAAAGUUUUGGUGAAACGAGGAGAAGCAGAAGGAAAGUUCAAGAGCUGUUUCGAACCAUGUUGGGGCAAUCAUGAGCCGCUGAGAGAAGUGAAAAAAAUAGCAAACCCAACUGAGGAGGAGUCCAUGCUGCAGGAAGAGUGUAUCAUAAGCACACCGGAGGAGAACGAGGACGACCAAAGCCUGGAAGUGUCGUCAGAUGUCGGGUUCACCGUCAACGGCCAGCGUGUCCAACAGGACUCCAAAACGGAGCAUGUGUCCCAAGAGGAAUCACAAAUAUCUAUAUGAACGGACUGAAAACUUCUCUCACCAAGGUCUCAGCUGUGAUGAACUGUAGCUUUUUGCCUCAUGUUUCACUUGUUUAUAAUGCCCCCCUUGAGUGUUGUAAAUAUAAAUCUGUUGUGAUGAUUGUGUAGUGUUAGAAUAUUUAAACAAGCGGCAUGAAACACUAAAUGAAUAGACUGCAUUGCUUUUGGUAAAGCAUUUUAAAGUUUUAAAUUAACUCUUCAAUGUGUUAGAAAUUGCUUUUUAUGAAGCUGUGACUGUGCCUCUUUAUCUAUUUUGUUUACUUGACAUUCCUUCAUUUGAUAAAAUGUGCAGCUUGUGUUCAGAAACUACACAAACAUUAUAUUUUGGACAGAUAUGGAAGAAGAAAAGUUAUUUUAGGGGUAUUCCUCUAUAGUUUGUAAGACUGGCUGGAUAUUAGGAUUGUAAAUACACUGGGAUUGCUGUUUAUUUUAUGUGGCAAACAAACUGGGGAUACGUUUGUAUAUUUGUUGUAAAUAUACAAACGUAUCCCAAGUGGACUGUAAAUAAUUGUGAACUUUUGUUGGAAAAAAUCUGUAAACUAAUAGAAGAAAUGUAACAUAGGGGUAUGUACGUUUUUACUUCUUCCUACUCCUUUUGGGACAGUGUUACUUUUGUCUUUUUAUUUUGUUUAUCUUAUUUAAAUUUUUUGUUUCGAAAUAAAAGCAUUCAUUCAGAUUCUCCAGCGUGGAAACAGCUUGUAAAGAACGCAUUAAAAUGUGUGAAACUUGACCUUUAAA